ACACACUCAUACUCACACAGAGGGAGAGAGAAGAGUAGUUAUAGUUCUCACUUAGAGUUAUAUCCAGACCAGACCACCGGAGAUAUCACUGCUUCUCCUAUACCUGGCCCAUCCUGUAUCAUUCACCUGCCAUAGUUGUGCAGAAUGACUGAAGAAAGUCCAGAAGCCUUUCAGCAUGUCAGCAGGAAGUCUGGCCUACAGAUCUGGACCAUCAAUAACAUGAAGAUGGUUCCUGUACCGGACCAAGCUUUUGGGAACUUCUUUGAGGGAGAUUGCUACGUUGUCCUCUAUAGGAGUCAGGGCUCCAGUAACUCCAUGGACGUCCACUACUGGAUUGGUAACUCCUCCUCUCAGGAUGAGCAGGGAGCGGCGGCCAUCUUAGUGACUCAGCUGGAUGAGUUCCUGGGGGGCAGUCCUGUCCAGCACAGGGAGGUACAGGCCGCAGAGUCCUCCAAGUUCAGGAGCUACUUCAGGAACGGACUCAUCUAUAAGAAGGGUGGUGUGGAUUCGGGGUUCCGUCAUGUCGAGUCCAAUGUGUACAAAAUCCUGCGGCUUCUGCACAUUAAAGGAAGGAAGCAUGUCACCGCCACAGAGGUGGAGGUGUCGUGGAGUAGCUUCAACAGUGGAGACGUCUUCCUUUUGGACAUGGGGAAGGUCAUAGUUCAGUGGAAUGGCCCUCAGAGCAACCGGAGUGAGAAACUCAAGGCGAUGCUGCUGGCCCAGGAUGUCCGUGACAGGGAGCGAGGGGGGCGUGCUCAGAUCGGGGUGGUGGAGGGGGGAGAUGAAGAAGACUCCCCUGAGCUGAUGAAGAUCAUGAGGGCCGUGCUGGGUCAGAGGUCAGGCAAGCUGAAGGAGGCGGAGCCUGAUGACACACCAGACCGCCAUCAGCAGACCGCCAACAUCAGGCUCUACAAUGUGUCUGAUGAGAGUGGCAAACUGGUCGUCCAGGAAGUGGCCAUGCAGCCUCUGACUCAAGACCUGCUGCACUCCACGGACUGCUAUAUUGUGGACCAGGGUGGUUCGAGUGUGCUGGUGUGGAAGGGAAAGGAGGCUUCUAUAGAGGAGCGUCGCUCGGCACUGGGCAGGGCAGUGGGCUUCAUCAAGGCUAAGAACUACUCCAGCAGCACUAAUGUGGAGGUGAUGGCUGAGGGAGGAGAGUCAGCCAUGUUCAAACAUCUCUUCAUUUCAUGGACAGAGAAGGGACAGACAAAAGGCCUGGGGAAUGUGUACACCACUGGGAAGAUAGCUAAGGUUGAGCAGGUGAAGUUUGAUGUGAUGGAGCUUCAUGCUCGUCCUGAACUGGCAGCACAGCAACGCAUGGUGGAUGACGCCUCUGGACAGGUUCAGAUCUGGCGUAUAGAGGACCUGGAGUUGAGAGAGCUCCACCCCAGCUCGUUCGGUCAGUUCUACGGAGGAGACUGUUACCUGGUGCUCUACACCUACAAGAGAGCUAGCAAGCUGCAGUACAUACUCUACAUGUGGCAGGGUCGCCAUGCUACUCAGGAUGAGAUCACAUCGUGUGCCUAUCAGGCCGUUGCCAUGGACAACAAGUACAGCGGAGUGCCGGUCCAAGUCAGGGUGGUCAUGGGAAAAGAGCCGCGUCACUUCCUGGCCAUCUUUAAAGGAAAACUCAUCAUCUUUGAGGGUGGUACAGGCAGAGCGGGGGUGACUAACCCAGGCCCGGGAGCCAGACUGUUCCAGGUUCGAGGGACUCAUGAGAUGAACACCAGGGCUACUGAGGUCCCAGCCCGCUCCUCAUCACUCAACACCAAUGAUGUGUUCCUGCUAAAAACUGACCACACGAUUUACCUGUGGUACGGCAAGGGUUGUAGUGGUGAUGAGAGAGAGAUGGCAAAGGCAGUGGCAGACGUUCUGUCCAGGCAGGAUAAACAGGUUGUUAUGGAGGGACAGGAGCCUGCUGAGUUCUGGGUGGCUCUGGGAGGGAAGGCACCUUACGCCUGCGACAAGAGACUGCAGAAGGAGGAGACUCCCCACAGCCCUCGGUUGUUUGAAUGCUCCAAUCAGACUGGUCGGUUCAGGAUGACAGAGGUGGAGGACUUGACUCAGGAGGACCUGGACCAGGAUGAUGUCAUGCUGCUAGACACCUGGGAGGAGAUCUUCCUGUGGAUUGGCAGGUCUGCCAACGAAUAUGAGACCAAGGAAGCGUGUAACAGUGCUCUAGAGUACCUGAGGACCCACCCAGCGGGGCGGGACCCUGACACACCCAUCAUCUCUGUCAAACAGGGCUACGAGCCACUGACCUUCACCGGAUGGUUCAACGCAUGGGACCCUCAGAAGUGGAGCGGAGGCUCCUCCUAUGAGGAAAUGAAACAAAACCUGGGCGAUGUUGCAUCUAUCUCUCAGAUUACUGUAAAUCUGAACAACACAGAGCUGAGUAAGGGUUCUGCUGGGGGGAGUAGUGGAGGUGCUGGGUACAGCGCUCCAGGAGGCCCAGCCCAGUUCAGCUCUCCACCAUCCUACAAGCUCCACCUUGGGACAGGAGGGGGCUCCUGUGGCCCUUCCAGCCCAGCCACCCCUGGAGGUCAGGACUGCCUGUCCACCACCUUCAGCACUACCCUGUCCCCCACCCUGUCCUCCCCCUCCCUGGGCCCCUCCAUCACCCUGGUCCCCUCCACCACCCCAGCUCCCAGGACUGGAGAGUACCUGGGCCCUGAGCUGCUGAUCAACAAGAGCCCCAAUGAGCUGCCCAAGGGAGUGGACCCUAAUAGGAGAGAGGACUAUCUCUCUGAUGUGGAUCUGGAGAACCUGCUGGGUUGUUCUCGGUCUGGUUUCCAGCGGCUGCCCAGGUGGCGGCAGAACGACCUGAAGAAGAAGGCAGGGCUGUUCUAAGUGGGCAGUCGCCUCAGUUGGGAUUACAUCGGGACAUAGCUUAUUAGAGUUGAAAAUGUUCCUUGAUUGUGUUCAAGUUGUUUUCAAGUCGAGAGAGAGCGGGAAUGUUUUUUUUAAAAUCGUUUUUCAACAGAACAGUGUAGAAGUGGCAGCAACAUGCUGAACUGAAGACCUGGAACAGACUGAACUGUGAGAACAACUCAAAACAAAAGGUUCCAUACUUUCACAUCCAGGUCAAAGGUAGAUGUAUAGACGUGUACUUCAUACAUACUUCAGCUGAAUGUGUGCUAUGCCUGAUUACUAACAGUACGUUACAAGCAGUAAAACAGAGAGACGUUUAAAAAAUACAUUAUUUAUUGAACAAUUGAACAAAACUAUGCCCAGUUGAUAUGUUCUACCAGCUGAACAGAAUAAACAGCAGGUAUUUUUUUAAACAUUGAUUCGAUGAACAUGUCUUUAUUUUUUUUAUCUCAUGAGCAGUUGCUAUAUUUGAUGUUUUGUUAUAUUUUCUCUACAUUUCAAAGAUGAGUUAUGAUUUUAAAACAGUUUUUUAAAUGUAUUUUCUAACAAUCAAACAUAAUGAACAAACCCUCUCAUAAUCACAAAUCUAAUCAUCAUGAAGCCUGUCACCAGAUCUCUAAUAAUAAAACAAUAUACAAUCAACUUACUGUUUCAAAUUAUUCUUUUACUUUGUGUAAAUGCAGUUGAGUGAAAAACUAAAUAAAUAAAUAUUACAAUAUA